CGGCAGUAGUCGAUUGACCAAUGGCUCGUUCCCUCUCAUCUAGACCCUCAACGAAAAAAAGCGUACCGCCCUCCAAGUUGUGCCCCCCUGGCGUCACUGUUGUCCUCGUAUUCAGCCCCCCAAGUAUUUUUUUUUAAUCAAAUCGACACAGCAUUUUAAAACGCCCCAGAUUAAACCCAGAAGACGUGAUAAUCGAGGUUGUGGUGAUAGAGGGACUAGUGAGUGCUAUUCCACGAGGUGUACCUCGUCCCUCCGCGGCAUCCCAAUCCAGGGGAUCAUCGUGGACCCUGAGGGAGCUAUUUGUUAUUUCACCACCAAUCCCAUCGCAAAUCUGGGGUUUUUCAAAAAAACUCGUUAUUGUGCGCGCAAUAUGAUUUUAUGUAUCGUCACGUGACCUUGGGGUGGGAAAAAAUGGCGCAAAUGGAUGGGUACAAACAUGGAUUCAUUGUCAAUGCGGAGAGAGUAUUUGUUUACAAACGUUUGUCAUCAUAAACCACGUGUCAAGUGACAAGGGUGAUUGUGAUUUAGUGAGAGGUUUAAUCGAGGUUCUUGAGGAGAAGGUAGGCUUUGGGGAUUGGGGGUGAGUUACAUCUUCUCGAGGUGUCAGCAGGAGCCCGAGGAUGACGGGUCGUGGCCCGAAGAGGCGAGGAAGGCCGCCGAAGUCGGUGGUGCUGGAACGUCCGAAGAAGUUUCAGUACCACUUGAUGAAGAAGCCGAAGUACCUGCAGAAAGGUGCAGAGACUCCAAAUUCACAGCCAAGUACACCAACAGCAUCACGACCCACGUCACCAGUGGAGUCUGAGGAGAGCAGAAGGAGUACACGCUCCACGAGGAAAUCAACAUCAGCGGUGACACGAGGUGGUAAAUCGAGAAAGGGUGGACACUCCAGUGCGUAUCAACGAAGAGGUUACAACGCAAAUGUUGAUCUUCGAGACUCGGAGUAUCACUACGGGUCGGACUUUGGUGACGAGUCGAGUGAAAAAAGUGAAGUUGACGAUGAUCCCCUCCUGCAGUCAGACCAGGAGAGUUCAGAGUCGGUCGGUGAGCCGGAGCCAUCAAGCGACAGUGAUUUCUCCCUCUCGAGUUUCAGCAAUGGAACACCCAGGAAGAGUCUUCUUUCCUCGCAGAGGGCACCAAGUCCUGAGCCCCUGUGGCUCCAGAAUCGUGAGCUGCCACCCCUGGAGCUCCCCAAGUCCUCCGAGGAUCUUCUCAUCUCGAAGGAGCACGUGAUGCAGGCCCUCUCCAUUUACGAGGUACUCAGGCAUUUCAGGACACUCGUCAGACUGUCCUCUUUCAGGUUCGAGGAUUUCUGCGCUGCCCUCACCUGCGAGGACCAGACCAAUCUCCUAGCUGAGAUUCAUAUUAUGCUGAUUAAGGCCUUGCUCAGGGAAGAGGACUCCCAGCAGACGCAUUUUGGUCCUCUUGAUCAGAAAGACUCUGUCAAUGUCUCUCUGUAUUUCGUCGAUCCCAUGACCUGGGGGGAGACACUCAGAUCCUACGUCGAGAGUGACAAGAAUUUCGAUCAAUCAAUCCUGAAUAUUCUAUCCACAACAGAGUAUCCGUUCAGUGGAAUUGAUAAUCGUCUGAAGGUCCUCCAGUUUCUCACUGAUCAAUUUCUCAUAACCAAUCCUGUCAGGGAGGAUCUUCUCCACGAGGGUAACAUGCAUUACGAUGAUCACUGCCGGGUAUGCCACCGACUUGGUGAUCUUCUCUGCUGUGAGACCUGUCCAGCUGUUUUUCAUCUGGAGUGUGUGGAGCCACCACUCGUCGAUGUACCCACCGAGGACUGGCAGUGCAGCAUCUGCAAGGCACACAAGGUCACUGGUGUCGUUGAUUGUGUACCAGAUGUGGAGAAAAAUGGAUUGCUGUGUAGACAGGAACACCUGGGAUUCGACAGACACGGCAGAAAGUACUGGUUCCUGGCUAGAAGAUUAUUCGUGGAGAGUGAGGAUGGCGAUGUCUGGUACUACAGUUCACCCCUGCAAUUCGAGGAACUCGUCAAUUCCCUGGAUAAGGAUGAGUUCGAGGUGGCACUCUGCAGGGAGUUGUCUGAUUACAAAGACGAGAUCGUCAGGCAGAUGGAACUCACUGAGAGCAUAACUAAUCAGAUAAAAGGCAACAAGAAAUCUUAUCUUGAAAUGGAGAAUGCUCAGAUCGUCAGGAUGCAGAAGGAGAGGUCAGAGAAGAAGGAGGAGAGCCCUGAGGAGGAUAAGAAGGAGGACGAGAAGAUGGAGGUGAGUGAUGAUCACGAGAACCUGGAGAAAAAAUCUAAUUCACCAUCCGAGGCUGGUGAUGAGGAUGAAGAGGAGAAGGGCAAGGAUGGCAAGAAGCCAUCGACGAUGGUAACGAGAUCCAAGACUGGUUCGUUAACACCCAGAACAUUCAGCAUGGACGACGUCAAGAAGAAGAAUAAUGACACGGAGAAGAUGGAUAAGAUACUCAAGGACGAGAGAUCUGACAAUACCAGAUUGACCAGGCAAAAGGCUCAUCAGAUUGCCACUGGCACUCAUUUAUUUAAACUAGGCAUGGACAACAAUUUUAAAUCCUAUGUCAAUCAGUACAGCACCAACACGAUAGCCUUGAAUAAAUCCCAGAGGAAUGAGGAGCGUGACAAAAAGCGUCACCUGUCACACAAAUUUUCAUUGACACAGGCAUCUGAAUUCAAGUGGGUGGGCAGUUUGACUGGUGCCAGGGCACUCCUCGUCAGCACCAUGAGGCAGACUAUUCUCCAGCUGGAGAGCAAUAUACAGUCACCAUUUAUGCAUCCAAACUGGCAUCUCCUGAAGAAACCCUGGAUAACAGCAGUUGGUGUUUGUGUGAGUCCCAGGGAUUUUGCCAGGGCACUGAUUGUCCUGCAGGCGUGCAUCAAGUCAUGUGUCUUUGCUAAUGUAUGGCACGAUCAGCUGGGGCACGUCAAGCUCCAGAGAGUGACUGCUGUUGAGAGGGAGGAGAAGAAGAGGCUUGAUAAGAAGGAGAAAAAGGAGAAGGAGGACGAGGAGGAGAGGAACAGAUUGACCUUCAAUUUUGUCAAGUACUCGUUGGGGCUUAAGCAUCAGGUGUGGAAGCAAAAGGGCGAGGAGUACAGGGUGCACGGACAGUGGGGAUGGCUGUGGAUAUCAGCGAGCAGGAGAUACAAGGGAGAGAGCAAGUGCCUGAAAUUAAUACCCCAGAAAAUAAUGGUGCAGAUCAGGGAUCAAGGGGGGAUUAAAAUUUUAGCACUUGAUCCACCGACUUAUGAGUUCCUGAUUCAGGAGUACUGCGACAAGAAGGAGAUCAAAGAGAUUAAGGAGAUCAAGGAGGAGGUGCCCGAGGUGAAGGAAGAGGUUGAGGCUGAGGUGAAGGAGGAGAAGUCAGACGAAUCGAAAGACAAACCUGAAAAGAUGAAUUUGUCGUUCCUAGCUGGAAUGAAAAUCGAAAAGGUAUUUACUCCAAUCGAAAAAUUCGAGGAGAUUGACGUGAUGAAAGCCCUGACAACGCCAGGACGUCUUCACUACCCCAAGAUAGCCAAGAAAACGAAGAUCGAUGAUUUUUUGGCGAGAAGAACGCACCUGAAGAUUCUUGAGGAGCGAAGACUGUCCCAGAGUGAGAAAAAAGAGAUAAAAAAAGAGGAGAAUGAAUUGGAUGAGGAUGAUAACGAGGACAGCACCACCACGGACAACUCAAUCCUCAGUAUAAUCUCAGGAAAGAUUCCGAAUAAAACUCUGUCGCCAUCGGUGCGUGAGAUGCUUGUGGUCGUCAGCAAGAGGAUCCAACAGGUGAGGGUGCAGUACGCAGCUGUCGUGAGACUUGGAAAGAAUAAUCACUGCUACUCGAGGUACUGCAACAUGACAGGACAAUCCCCGAAGGCGCCCAUCACACCUCAGAGUCUAACGAGCACAUGCUACUCCCCAAUUUGCCUGCAGAAAGCUCGACUAAAACGAGAUCUUGUGAAUCUCCUGAGAAAAGCCAAUGCCUUGAAUAACAAUCAGGUGACACCACCACCACCGAAAAAACCUGAGGAGAGUACGGACGCCAUCAGGAGGGAUCUGGAGUCAGCUGUGGCGCUUGCUACUCAUUGCUCUGAGGAAGUUCCAGCGACGAAUGUCGAUCCAGAGUCACCGAGGGCUAAAAAAAUUAAGAUCGAGACUGAGGGAGAGGCUGGAGAGGCUGGAGAUGCUGGACAGCUUGAUGUUGAGAAGAUUGAGAAUUCUGGGGAUGUUAAGCCCAGUACAACAACAACAAUUGUUAAUAAACGAGGGAGAACUGUUCAGAGGUGUACGAUGGCCAAGGAGAUGACAGCUGAUGGCACUGAGAGAAUUUACUCGACUGGUAAUCCUGAGGGGAAGGUGUACCUGAAGAAAGUGGCGAUUUCUCUGGCUGAGAGGAGGAAGAAGAGAGUGCCAGUGAAGUAUCCACUGUGCUCUACAUUCAGCACGAAAAAUAAUAAGAGGAGUAUUCUCCUGCUGCCUCAGCACGAGCUCAGAAAAUUGGCAAGGAUGGGUGGUAAAGCACCUGUUGGUGGUUUUCAUCAGAUUGCCAAGGCGAAUAUGACAGUGUGGCCUUAUCCAUGCCCCAGGCCUCUCUUCAAGACCUGCUGGCUUUACAGAACGGUUGGCCUCAAGUCACUGGCUGCUGCUGCUGUUCAGUUGAGAAUUCUCUGGGGGUGUCUCAGGUGGGACGAUAUGGUGGCUAAACCUGUGUCGUCCGAUGGAAAACAUCAGAUCACCACUGACACUGAGAUCAUGUCACUGGAGAUUCUUAAGCAUCGACAUGUUGGACAGUUUAUGGAUAGGACUCAGUAUCUCAGGAGAAAAGUCGUUAUUCCUCUGGAGUUGCCCAAGCAGAUCAGGGAGGUGACUAGUAUCAGAAGUGGAUUGAGGAAGAGGAAGAGACCUGAGAGCCCCCAGAGCACUGAGCCACAGGUAUCUGAGGAGUGGGUGGAUGAGGAUAAGCUGGAGCUCUGGGAGAUCAAGCAGUACGGAGACAGGUUGGAGAAGGCUAAUGCACAGAUUAUUACUAGGAGCAGAUCAGGUGUACCACAGACAGGUUCAUUCGUCAACAGGGGAUCGCUCUCCGGUGCUGGUGAGACACUGACUAGUAAAGCAACACCCGAUGAGAUCAAGGAGAAAAUGGAGCAGCAGUUGAGGAUACAGAGGGCUGCACACCAGCAGAAAAGAGUUCUGGAGACACUCAAGAGUCCAGCCAAUGCUGGACAAAUUGUCAAAGUCACGAGUAAUUCUAAUCAAGAGGGCACCGUGAAGAUUGUCUCGAAGGUGGCAAUUCCCCCGACACCCACGAACCUCCAGAAAUCCCAGCUGACAUCACUGCUGACAGCAACCCAGAAUAAACCACCUCCAGGUGUUCGUCGAAUAUUCAUGGUUAAAUCAGCUGAUGGUACAACGAGAAUGAUCGAUGGUACGACGAAGGAUAUUCUCUGCAAGAGGCCCACCACACCGACAACACCCACAUCUCAGUCCCUCAUCAAACCCGCCCCCCAGACACCCCAUCAGCCCCAAAGAGUUCAAAUUCUUCGAGGUCCUGAUGGCAAACUGCAGGUACGAGGUCUUAUGCCGGGUCAGCAGCUGGUGCAGAUGCCAGAUGGAAAGCUUCAUGUAUUGAAUACCACUCAGACUCCUGCCGCAAAUGCUCCCACCACUCCUACACCCCAGAAAACCGUGACAACCAUGAUAAAAACACCAAAUUUGAAAGCAACGCCAGUUAAAUUGCCAGUAUCGACGCCCCAACAGGUGACUCGUGUGAAGGGUACCGCAUUGGCUGUUGUUUCGAAUUUAGGUAGUGUUGUUACAACACCAAAAACCAGUACUCUGGUGAUGGCCAGCCCCACCCAGUUGCCCCCAUCAAAUCAGGUGAUUAAUACGAAUCAAAUAAUCGUCAAUAAUCCGAAUUUGGUGCAACAAUUAGCGAGUGGUAAGGCGCAGAUAGCGACCAUUGGUGGUCAUCAGGUGAUGAUACGAACUACACCAACAGGCAAUCAGAUUGUCCAGCUGAAUACAUCGAGCUCUGGAAUAAUUCAAGUGAAAAAUCCUAAAGUCAUUACAACUGUGACAGCUCCAACAGCCACAACAUCAGUAACAAGUGGAGCUCAAGCCCCAGCUACAAGCAGUUGUGUCAACACCAGCUCCAGCAGUUGCUGCACCAGCACCGUUGCCGCAACACCAGCAGCUGCUUCACCACCCCCAGCACCAGGAAGUGUCGAGGCAUCUCUUUUAGCUGGACAGCCACCGGGAACGAUAAUAAAAUGUGUGACGGCUCAAUUGAUUCAGACGAGUCAGGGGCCCAGGAUUGUUCUCCAGGGUUUACAAGGGACGGAAUUGACUCAAGCCCAGACGGCAAUGGUCCAGCAGCAGAUAAAGCAACAGCUGAUGAAGGCACAGGCGACAUCUGGUAAACAGGCUGUUCUUGGUCCCAUGAAAAUUUAUCUGGCAAUGCAUCCAGUCUCUCAGCCAUCACCAGCUACUCAAAAGCCACCGGCAGCAACACCAGGAGUUAAAUCACAGCCAGUGACACCAGUUAAACCAGUUGCCGCCAAGGAGAACAUUCCAGAGACCCCGAAGCAGCAGCAACCUGAUAAACCAAAAGUCGUUGUGCAACAGGUGAAGGAGGAGGAUCAAAAGAGUCCUCUCGCCAAUGGGCAACAGCCCCAGGUACCCAAGGAUCCUGGCCAAAAUAAAUUCAUUCUCACCCCCGACUACAUCCAGCAGACGAUAAAAAAUGCCCUCAAGCAGGAGAAUCUCAAUCCUGAAAUCGAGGAGAAGCUGCUGCAGUUGCAGAGAUAUCAGGAGAAGCAGAUGAAGGUCGAGCCGAAUCAGACCCAGACACCAGCGACGCCAGUGUCACGUGCACCAUCGAGAAAACGUCCAGCACCAGUGACACCGGUGAUUCAGAAGGAAUCACCAGUGAUUGAGAAGGAGAUAGAUGCUAGGAAGAAAGUUGUCAUCAAACAGGAGCCGAAGGAUAUCAAGGAGAUGAGCCCCACCAAAGUGCCAAAGGUGGAGGACGAGGCAUCCAGGAGAUCAAUAAAAAUCAAAGAAACCCAAGAGGCCAGGAGGCAGCAGCAGGUUCACUCCAGGAUGCAGGUUCUCCUGUUCAGGCACAAGGAGCUGCUGAAGAAAGAUAUCCUGAAGAAGAGGGCACUCCUGGAGAAGGAGCUGCAGAUUGACAUACAGAAGGAUCUCUCCGCUGAAUUGACAUCGAGGACAAAGGCUGAAAGGCACAAGCAGGACGAGGUUAAAGUUGGGGUUAAAAGGAAGGCUAUUCAACCACCUGGACAGCUCAGCCCAUCCAGCAAAGGGAACAAAGCCAAGAGGCACAGGUCAUCUGGCAGUGGUGCAACUCCUCCUGGUGGACCGUCCGCUGGACGAGUCAAGAAGCAAAAAUUAUACUGCCUAUGCAGAACACCCUACGAUGAAACUAAAUUCUAUGUGGGAUGCGAUCUGUGUAAUAAUUGGUUUCAUGGAGAGUGCGUGGGCAUCACCGAGGAGAUGAGCAAAAGCCUGUCAGAAUUUGUUUGCACUGAAUGCAGACAUGCCAGGGACACCCAGGAGCUUUACUGCCUGUGCAAACAGCCUUACGAUGAAUCUCAAUUUUAUAUCUGCUGUGACAAGUGUCAGGACUGGUUCCAUGGCAGGUGCGUUGGCAUUCUCCAAUCUGAGGCUGAUAAUAUCGACGAGUACGUGUGUCCCAAUUGCCAGAGGAAUUCAUCAGUAAAUUUUGCUAAUAUGAAAAAUCUCAGCGCCAAGGAUUUGGAUUUACUGAAAAAGCUUAUUAAACAUAUCCAGGCUCACAAAAGCGCGUGGCCCUUCAUGGAGCCUGUGGACCCCAACGAAGCCCCAGAUUAUUAUAAAGUUAUUAAGGAGCCCAUGGAUCUCCAGACGAUCGAGCUCCGGAUAAACGACCGUUCCUACAAAAAACUCUCCGAGUUCAUCGGCGACAUGACGAAGAUCUUCGACAAUUGUCGCUAUUACAACCCCAAGGAGUCACCGUUUUUCAAGUGCGCCGAAUCCUUAGAAACUUACUUCGUCCACAAGAUUAAGAGUCUUAGGGAGAAGUUUUCCGAGAACAAAUGAUUCAGCCACUAGUGAAACCGAACUCAGUGUUUAUCAUUUUCCAUUUUUUAAUUUAUUAAAGGACUAAAUAAAAAAUAAAUAUCGAGUCGAACGAAAGAGAAAGAAUGAUAAAUAUCCUCUGGCCUCUGAGUUCAAAUCCUCGAACAUUAAAAUUUUCUUUUUUUUUAAACUGUAAUAACGCGUGAAGAGUUUACACUAAUAGUUGAUUAAGAAUUAAUUAGGUAUACGCAUAAUAAAUUGUACAAAUUUGUUUAUUAUGCUUGAUGUAAUGACUUAAGUUGUUUUAAUCACUAAAUUUUUCUAUGAACUUGUUUAUAAAACGAAAAAAUACGAUGUUAGUCUGUAGGAUUGAAGCAGAGCGUCAAAAUAUGGGGGAAAAAUCACAAUUUGCAUUGUAAAUACUCAAGAUAAAUGAAGUUUCUCCAUCGAAGAACAAUUUUAUGACAAUUCGAUAAACGAAGAUCGUCUGAUUCUCAUGAAUUCCACUGGACAUGAUCAUUCAUUAAUUUUUCGUUGCCUUACAUUAUUAUUAUUAUUAUUUUAAUUAAACUGCUAACGAGAGAACACAGAUGUAAAUUUUUAUGCCAGGGUAAACAAAAGUUGAUGAUUGUACAGUAUUUUUAAUUCAAAUUGCUCGAUGUGACUCGAUGAGGAUUGGAGUUAUUAAUGGAGAAAUUAUUCAGGUGAAAAUUUAGGUUUAAUUAGUGAUUAAUUAUUUUUCACAGUUGAAGGUUUACAUUGUAAUUACGAGUGUAAGCACUAUUUUCUGCUCUUUAUUUUUAUUGGUAAUAAAGGAAUUGUAGCUUUCAUUGCGA